AUGUCUUCCCCCGAGCUCAUCUUCGUCACUGGCGCAUCUGGCUUCCUCGGGGCGCACGUCAUCCACCAGCUGCUUGAGAAGGGCUACCAUGUCCGCGGCACCGCUCGCGGCACCAAGGCCGACGACCUACAGGCCUCCUACGCCCGCUACGGGGACCGCUUCCAGGUCGUCAAGAUCGCAGACAUCGGGCACGACCAGUUCCCCGAGGUUUUGAAGGGCGUCAGCGCGGUGCUGCAUCUCGCGACGCCAAUGCCAGGGAAGAUUGGGUUUGAGGAGCAAUUGAAGGGUGCGGUGGACGGGACGAUGAACGUCGUCAUCCAGGCGGAGAAGGCUGGGAUUAGAAAAGUGGUGGUGACGAGCUCCAUUGCUGCGGUGCAAAUGCUGCCGGCGGUCCCCGGGACGAGCUUCACGGAUAAAGACUGGACACCGAUGACGAAAGAGCACGCCAUUGCAAGCAAAAACCCCGUCGCGGUCUACGUCGUCUCGAAGAAACUGUCCGAACAAGCGCUGUGGAAAUGGGCGGACAAGCACCCGCAUGUCGAUGUAACAACCCUCAACCCCACCUUCUUCUUUGGCCCGCUCGCCCCGAACUUCCCUGUCCCGCCCGUGCCUACCAUGAGCACCUUCUCGACAAAUUACAUGGUCUACAACCUGCUGUUCCCAAAGGGAGUCUUUCCGCCCAUGGCGACGACCUACAUCGACGUGCGCGAUGUCGCCGCUGCGCAUGUCGCUGCCCUCUCAUCCCCGCCAACGUCGAAAGUGGGCCGGAAGCGCGUCAUCCUGUCCUCGCCACACGGCGCAUCCGUCCCGCAGCUCCUCCAGCUCCUCGCGGAAAAGCGGCCCGCGCUCAAGGGCCGGCUGACGGGCGUGCUGACGAAGACGGAGCUGGAUGUGCUCCCGCUGGACUGGGCGCGGGUGGACGCAGUACUAGGGCUGAAGAAGUCGGACUUCAGGACGCUCGAGGAGACGUUCUUGCAGACGGUGGACGAGCUGGUGCAGAUUGAGGAAGGGUGGAAGCGCGCGGGGCAUGCGAUUCGGAAGCCGAAGUUGUGA